CGGUGUGGUGGUGCCGUUGACCGGCUCGGUUGAUCCGAAAAACACGACCUUUUGAAAACUGAAUUUCUGCAAAGUUUAAUAACAUCUUGCCAUAUCUGGCGUACUAAAUGUGCUAAAAAAAAGCGACACACGCGGAUAUCGUGAGUUUUGAGAGUUUAGGUGAUCUCCGAAGCGGUUCGGGUUCGAUUCUAGUGAUCAAUCAAUUUCUGGUGUGGCGUGGGUGCAUCGUCGAGCUGCAAGGAUGGAUUUCCUGAACUCUGCCGGGCGUUCCUUUGCCACGGGUAGCCGGGAAACGCCGGAUAUCUGCGAUCAGUAUCUGGAAAAAAUCGGUUACUACCGUAAGCAUACGGCGCGGGACGGAACGAAUUUGUUUCGCGUCAUCUCGGAGCAACACUACGACAUCCAACUGUACCAUGGCCGUGUGCGGCAGGAUUGCAUUGAAUACAUUCGCGACCACUCGUCACAAUUUCCGGAGAUUCCGGCCGCAGAACAUGAAAACUAUCUGGAAGACAUGGCUAGCUGCGAUACGGUCGGUACUAUGACCGAGUUGAGAGCCUUAGCGCUUUUGCACAGAGCUAAUGUCCAAAUAUUCGAGCCAUUUACAAACGGCCGUUGGUUUUAUGUGAGUGCCGAUUGCAAAGAAACCUGGCGAAUUUUCAUGGGUCGCGAUAAGUACUUCGAUUCCGUGUUCACCCUCCACUACAUGAAGCUGUUGGCCUACUGUCAAGCUCUGGUAUACGAGGUUCUGUAUGUGCACGUGAUGCAGCUACCGGAUGUAGCUUAUGCUGUCGAGCGAAUGCUGUACGAUCCGUAUGAUCGUAAGAUUCGCUAUUACAAGAACGAGCGAAAGCAGGACGUCGCGAUGACGGUGGAUGGUCGUCGGUUGGUGCUUAGCAAUGAGGCCGAUACGAGCUGCGUUUUGAGCAACUUUCGCUUCUGCCAUUUUCACAACAACGAAAACUUUCCCAGUAUUGCAAAAUUUUUCCGAUCGUACCGUAGUGAUGGUGCAAACGUGGAUCUUUUUCGGAGCGAUAUGACUGAACUUAUGUUGCCAGCGCGUCCUUGUGGCGGAGGUGGCAAGGCUGAUCCGUUGCUAUAUCAGCGUAAUAUUUCCUGUGUCCGCCAGCUACUGAGUGUAGGCAUUACGCCGUUCCCAUAUAAAACGGCCAAACUGCUUGAUCCUCACAUCUACCGUAAUGCCGAAUACGAUGCGUGGAUGGAAGACGUGGUAAAGGUAUUCCGAUAUGCAGCCAGCAGAGAGCACCUGUACAAGAUAGGCGCUAGGGUCUUCGCCAAAAUCAAAGAUACCUACAAAUCCUGCCGUAUUGAGCGCAUAGUACCGGAGCGACAGAUUAUGCUGGUCCGUCUUAACGCAUCCUCUGCCGAAUGGGUUCCAUGGAAUGAUGUAAAACUCUUCAGCCACUCGAAGUCGUCAGGUUUUGGCCAUCGACGAGCUAUGGACGGUGGAUUGCCAUCGUCUCAGCUACAAGGACAUGGUUUGAAGUUGAAUACAUUAGGCAGUAAAUUGCGAAGUUUUCCACCGGUGAAAAAUGAACCUCAUUCCAGCCCCACAUACAGUAACAGCGAACACAUUCACUCUAACAAUACUAUCGACAAUACUGCGAUGCAACAAGAACACAAGCCAUUUUUGUACCAGGAAUAUCAACCGCUACAACCAUUCCUGCAAUAUGCACAACCGGUCUGGCCUACUCCUCCUGUGGCAUCAUACGAACCGUCGAUGGUACCAAACAUGCUUACCGAACACAUGAUGCCAUUACCAGGAACACCGCCAUUCCUGGAGAACGUGCAUCUCCUACCGAAUUGUUGGAUUGGCAACUUUCCACCAUUCCAUCACCACCCAGGGGCGAUACAAACACAACCGCCACCGAUUCCAAUGCAUCCACAUCUUACCCCACCAGCAGCAACAGCACCUGGCGCAACUCAGUUUAUGGAACAACAGCAUCAAGAGGUUGAACAGAAAGAUCAACAUUUUGCUUGGAUGGUAAAUCAAAUGGGACACUUCCCCAUCGAAGGAGGCCAGCAGCCGCUUCCAUACCAAACUAUUAUUGCACACAAUACGAACAUCAACAUGCCGAGCUGGUUUGGCGGAGACCAUCAGGUGUGCACGCCUGAUCCAGUGCUAGCAACCAUGAUACCGCCAAGUAUCAACCCACAGCAGCACCAGCACCAGCACCAGCACCAGCAACAGCAACAGCAACAGCAACAGCAACAGCAACAGCAGCAGCAACAACAGCUUCAGUCGUCGGUAACGCCGUUGCCUCCGCCAAUGCAUGCCUUGACUCCGAUCAUUCCACCUAUUACACCUUUCUGCCAGCACUUUUUACCCUGGAUGACCAACGCUCCCGGUGAUAUAGCGACGACGUCGCCUCCAACUGCAGCCACAUUUACAUGGAGCGGACCUACAGGGAUGCCUUCUAUUGGCCAAGAGAUGGUCAACUCUUCGAGCAUGACGAAUGGCGAUGGUCAACGAGGAUGUGCUGUGCCAUAUAUCUAGAAUCAACUCCAACUUCUCUUUAGUUCGCGACGUUCCUUGUAUUUGAAUACUUUUUAUCUUGAAUGACCU